AUGGAGCCCUCCCCCUCUAUGAACUUGUCAAUGGUGGAUGGAGAUGAGGCGGAAGACCAGUGUCCCCUCCUCCCGGCCCGAAUGGUACUUCCACCUCAAACCUGUGCUCCCCACUGUGGUAUACACCAUACUACAGCCCAAACAGGUGGGGAUCACACAGUCUGGCUUGACCGGACCCAAGCCAUGGCUACCACACCUAUGUACAACGGCUACCUCUAUAUUUCGCCCUCGCCCCAUUCCCAUAAGAGGGGAGAUAAAGCAAAGGGCAAGGAAGCCCGCAAAGACAAGAAAAAUGAGAAAAAGUCAGUUGGAGGUCGACAGGACCCGGGCCACAAGGACCGCAACCAGCCAUGUCAAGCCAAAAAGACAGCAACUCAUAGACACCAGGAGAGUGUCACCUCCUUCACCGACAUCCCCAUGGCUCCUUGUGGCUCACCCUACAAGGUUCCCUGCAGAUCCCACGUUGACCUUAAGGACACAGAGAGCAAAGAGGAGGUUGGCGAUGGCAGGUGUUUGAGGUCGGGUAGCGUUUCUGUGGAGAUGCAAAACCCUCUGAGUCUCCCGGAGAUCAUCAUCACCACCAAAGACGAUGACGUCGAGUCGCAGAGCUACAGCGAGAUGCCCCAGUUUCACCAAGACCUUGGCCUGUCUGAGGGCAAGGGUCUUCUACCUGGAGCUGAGUGCACCGGUCUGAACCCUGAUCUCAGCCCAAGCCCAAGUCCAGAAACAAAAGACGACAUCAAAGACGACCAGUACUGGAAGACCCACAACAUCGGUUGGCGGCUGCUCCACAGGAGGGCCCUGUUUGAGAGGAGGCAGUGGCUGAACGACUGUGCCCUGGCGGUGGGCGUGUUUGGAGUGGUGGUGAUGGUGAUGGAGACAGAGCUAUCCUGGAGCGUCUACAGCAAGAGCUCCAUCUAUUCCCUUGCCCUAAAGUCUGUGAUCAGCUUGUCUACGGUCAUCUUGCUUGGUCUCAUCAUUGCAUACCACUGCUGCGAGGUGCAGCUAUACAUUCAUGACAGUGGUGCGGAAGACUGGCGGAUUGCCAUGACAUCUGAACGCGUGGCCCUGAUUGCCCUGGAGCUGGCAGCGGUGGCGGUCCAUCCGUACCCGGUGGGUCUGCUCAGCUACUUCCAGAAGAUCUCGAGGUCCUCGUCGCUCUCGGAGACGGAGCUGGAGAUCAUGCUGGCACUGCCCAUGUUCCUGAGGCUGUACCUGCUGGGCCGGGCUAUGAUGCUGCACAGUCGGCUCUUCACUGACACAGCAUCACGCAGCAUUGGAGCACUCAACAAGAUACACUUCAACACACGUUUUGUGGGGAAAACGCUAAUGACAACCUACCCCGGGACCGUCCUGAUGAUUUUCAGUGUUUCCCUGUGGAUCGUGGCAGCUUGGGGCUUACACGUUUGUGAGAGACACCACAACUACAAGGACCUGAGCAGCAACUACAUGGAGGCCUUGUGGAUGGUGUCUGUCACCUUCUUGUCCAUUGGCUACGGGGACGUCGUGCCUCACACCUACUGUGGUCGGAGCAUCUGUCUGCUCACAGGAAUAAUGGGAGCAGGUUGCACAGUGUUGGUUGUGGCUGUGGUUGCCAGGAAACUGGAGCUGACUCGGGCAGAGAAACAUGUCCACAACUUUAUGAUGGACUCCCACAUCUCUAAGAGGAUAAAAAUUGCAGCAGCAAACGUGCUGAGGGAGACUUGGCUUAUCUACAAACAUACUAAGCUGUCAAGGGAACGAGACCACACCAGAGUCCGCAUGCAUCAGCGGAAGCUGCUGUUGGCUAUCCAGCAGCUGCGUAGCAUGAAGAUGGAGAAGAGAAAACUGGCAGACCAGGCCAACACAUUAGUUGACCUCUGCAAGAUGCAGAACCUGAUGUACGACGUGCUGUCAGAGGUGCAGAGCUGCCGAGGCGAACUGGACGCCCACAUACACGGCCUUGAGAAAAACGUAGCAGAGCUGAGGGAGGGCUUUAGGAGCCUGAUGCCGCUGCUCUCCAAUACCUUGUCCACACAGAACUCCUCCAUCCGCCACCUCCUCAGAGAGAGGGAGGUGCAGGCGGAGACUACAAAUAUGAACGGGGGUGACGGGUAG